UUGACCCAGAAAACCCUGCAAGUCAGGAGGUUCACAUCUUUGGGUUCACUUUAAGAACACUCGUGACACUGCCCAGGCCAUGAAGGGUGUGCGUAUCCGAAAAGCCACCCAGUAUCUGAAGGAUGUCACUUUAAAGAAGCAACGUGUGCCAUUCCGUUGUUACGACAGUGGAGUUGGUGGGGGUGCCCAGGCCAAACAGUGGGGCUGGAUGCAGGCUCGGUGGCCCAGAAGGAGUGCUGAAUUUUUACUGCACAUGUGCAAAAAUGCAGAGAGUAAUGCUGAACUUAAGGGCUUAGAUGUAGAUUCUCUGGUCAUUGAGCACAUCCCAGUGAACAAAGCCCCCAAGAUGCAGCAAAGGACUUACAGAGCUCAUGAUCGGAUCCACCCAUAUAUGAGCUCUCCCUGCCGCGUUGAGAUGAUCCUCACUGAAAAAGAACCGAUUGUUCCUAAACCAGAAGAGGAAGUGGCACAGAAGAAAAUGAUACCCCAAAAGAAACUGAAGAAACAAAAACUUAUGGCCUGGGAAUAAAUGCCACAGAAAAUAAAUGCAAAUAUAUAAAAAAAAAAAAAUUAGAGAAAAUUUUAUUUUAGCUUUGAAUGCAAUUUUUUUUUUUGCAUUAAAAAUUGGGGGGGGGGCAUAUUUCACAUGUAAAUAUUUUAUUAAAGUGAGAGGCCUGUGGUAAAAUAUAGUCCUUCUGGGAUCUUGGUGAAAAUGACUUCUGCACA